AUGAAGGGAAACCUGGAAACCAUCGUGCAGGAAGAAAACGAAUACAAGGAAGAAUGUAUUUUUACAUCAAUUGAUAUCUUUAGUGGACCUCACAACUAUUUAAAUUUUCACUACAUUUGUGAAAUAUGUUUUAACAACAUUAGUUUUAUUUCCCCAUACCACUGCUAUUUUUUUUUGCGAAAUCAGUUUGAAAAUGUUGAGAAGGCUGCGACGAAUUAUAAAGAAAAUGUCGGCGCGCUGUUCGAGAGGGAGGUCUACUGGAAGGUAAUAAAUGAAAACAAGGCCACAGAACUCUUUGAGAGCGAAACGGCUAUUUAUUAUGAGCAGGGGGAGUUACUAGGGUGCAGGCGGAAGGCGCUGGAGGAUAUCGCCCAGGUCGUUAACAAGCUGGCUGUCUCGGAUUUGGAGGCCAUUUCACCCUACCUCGGCGAGAACCCAGAGUGGAAGCGAAACAGACUGGCCUGGAUGGACAUGAUCCAAAGGGACAAAUUCCGCAGGUAUGAAAAAAUGAGAGAAAAUUUAAAAGAGACAGGAAAGCGAGAAAUUGUAUACAAAGUGAACCAGGAAGAUGUAGAAAAAGUGAAAAAUAAGAAGAUGAGAAAAGAUUUCUUCUUCUUUGGAGUUUACGAAAAAAAGGGACAAAACAAUUUAGGCAGAAUCUACAUGAGCAUAAGAAACGACCUCGCAAAAAACACGGAGAUCUACGCCUGGCUCUUGACAAACUGCAACAUGCAGACAGAUCGGAGCCUUGUAGCAGACAUUUCCAUAGAGGAAAAAUAUUUGGAAAGGAAAAUAAUGCUAGAGGAGGAUGACUAUGCAUAUAAUGAUGCACUAGUGAAGGAGACUAAAAAGAGUCUUGCUGGAAACGAGAACUUCUCCUCAAGUGGACGAAUAACCAUGGAGGAAAAAACACAAAAUUACUUAUUCGAGAAGAAGGAAUAUAUAUCAUUUGGGAAAAAUGAGCAGAAUGAUAUUAUUUGCCUAAACCCAUCCAUCUCAAGAUUCCACUGUGUGUUGUUUUUUUCCAAGGACUACCAUCUGUACCUUGUAGAUGUAGGAUCCAAGUCAAGGACGAGGCUGAAUAGUAACUUGUGUGAAAUUCAUAACAAAUACAAAAUUGCGAACAACGAUAUUAUCAGUUUAGGGGUGUCUAAGAGAACGUAUAAAGUUAGCAUAAACAUAGACAGCGUUUUGUCCUACCUAGAUAAAAAACAAAGUGAAGUUAAUCGAAAAAUGAGAAUCAUUAGUGAAGAUCUGGAAAAUCCGCUUGCGCAAAGAAACCCACUGAAAUUAAAGAUCUCCAAUAUUUUUUAUAAAUGUAACGAAAACGACAUAAUAGACUUUUUCAAAGAUUGUGGCGAAAUUAAGAAGAUACACUUGUAUGAUGUUCCUGGGAAUAAGGCGGCGGAACGACAGAAGGUGCAAACCGAUACCAAAAAGAGUAGGUCCUUGAAGGAAGCACUGGUUGAAGUUUACGACAAAGAAACUUCUGCUAAAAUUAUGCAAAAAAAUGAAUCCUUUUUGUACGGACGAAAAAUUUAUAUCAUCUACCAGCCACUGUCUACAUAUAAGCGGCUCCACGCAAAGGUGCCCCUCAAUAGAGAUCGACCUUUUGACGUACAAAUUACGAGCAAAAGGCGGAAAUACCCGGGGGAGAAAAUUACCCUCGAGGGAGACCGUUCAGCCCGCUUAAGUCGCAGAGACACUAAGAGGGAAAACUUCGUUGCAGAGCGGGGGUCGCCCCAAAGGAGAAAACGUGACAGAAGUGGUAGUAGCGGGGGUCAUCGUAAAGGCGGACGGCGUGAUGGACGCGGGCAAAGUAGCCCCAGGCGUGUCAAAAGUAGCCGCAGGAAACGAAGCGAAAGUUGUGGCAGUAGUAGUAGCAGCGGCGUUCGGCAAAGUAAGCGUGGUGUUGGCAGCGGAGGUAGUGUUGGAAGUAGCAGCAGCCGUGGAGGGUCAAGCGACCCCUUUCGAGGCUCUCCGAAACGCAAAAGGCGGAGUCAGAGACGAGAAGGUGAAGAUAGAAGGGCCGCCCAAAAGAGAAGAAACACAUCUCGUAGCCCCUCCAGCAGUGAUAGGGGCAGUGAUAGGGGCAGUGACAGGAGUAGUGGCAGGAGUAGCGAUAGGAGUAGUGAUAAGAGUAGCGACAGCAGUAGCGACAGCAGUAGCGACAGCAGUAGCGACAGCAGUAGCGACCAUAAAAGGCGCGUAAGCAAAAAGAGGCACAAAGUGUGA